UGUCCCAGUCCUACUGUUGUCUAGAAUAAUUCCCAAGAUGGGUUUUUCUUCUUCCUCCUCCUCCACCUGCUAUUUCUCAACUUCAAAAGAUUGCAAAGAUGAAGAGGCCUUGAUGAAAAAUAAGAAGAGAGUGAUGGUGUUAAUAGACGAGAGCUCAAGGGCAAAGCAAGCCAUGAUGUGGGCUCUUACUCAUGUAGCCAACAGAGGGGAUCUCCUCACUCUUCUUUAUGUUAUUAAGAAACCUCGUAACUCUGUUGAUGGCCAAAACAAAGAAGAGGAAGACGAGGCCAUUAAUUUUGUUAACUCCCUUGUUUCCCUCUGCAAAGCUUGCAAGUCUGAGGUUGAAGUGGAAUCACUUGUGAUCAAAGGACCAAAGUUACAUACAGUGCUCAACCAAGUCAAGAAAUUGGAAGUCUCGGUUCUGGUUGUAAGCCAAAUCAAGCCCUCACCAUUCUCUUGUUGCAGCUUUUUUAGGAACAGAAGAGAGAAUCUUGUGGAGCAGUGCAUUGAGAGAGCUGAGUGCUUGACGAUGGCAGUGAGAAAACAGAGCAAGGGAGUUGGUGGAUACCUUGUGAGCACUAGAUGGCAGAAGAAUUUCUGGCUUCUUGCUUAGUUAAAACACCUAAUAUAAAUGAAGGAAUGUAUUAUCUAACAAAGAUCUCUUGCGUUGUAUACAGAAGAUUUGACCCUUUUUCUUGAAUGUAAAUCUAAUUAUACAACACUAUGCUCAGUUUAGAAUAUGGUUUUGUAUCUUAUAGCUAUAUAUUAUGCGACGCUAGAAGAAUGUGAAGUUCUUGGAUAUGAUUAAUUAA